UAAAACAUCGUACUUAUAUAUGAUGUGGACAUAGAUAGAAGAGAAGAGUAACUCCUUGUUUUUCUCUAACAGACCAAAUCCUUUCCGCGCCAUUUUAAGCAAAUAUUCUUCUCCAACAUCUCCAUUGGUAGUAACCUCCGAUCCUCAUGGAAUUCUUUCAUCUCUCUCUCAACAACGAUCUCUCUCUCAAACAAACAAACCAUCUCUUUCUCUUUCCAAAUUCCCAACAAAAACAAAUUUCAGCCCCCAUUUUUCUCUUUUGGGUUCUUCCAACCCUACCGGCCCCAAAACCUUGCAUCCCCAACACAACAAUCUCUCAGCCUCAAUUUCACGUUCACCUUCACUUUAUGGACACACAGACAGGGUUUAAAUUCUCAAGCUCGAAUGAUUAAAUGCGGGAUGGGCAUUGAGAAUUUUUUAAGAGUUUAUUGCAAAAGGUGGGUUGGGUUAAGCUAACUGUAUAUUUUUCAAUCAUGAGUAAUGAGGACCCUGGAAUUUCAGGCUAUCAAUAUAAAGGUACAACAAGUGUUGUGUUUAGUGACAUAACCUCUUCUGAUAAAGACGAUGAAGAUAAUAUAUGUCUACAGACCGGUGAAGAAUUUUCUGCGGAGUUCUUACGUGAUCGGGUUGCUUUAAGGAGACUUCCUGUUAUAACUGACUCAGAGCAGCACCUGCCAAACAGAUUGGACUUCAAUACAAUUAAUAAUAGUAACAAUUACCAACUGGUUCAUGAGAAUCAAAAUCAUGUUCUUGGACUAGGGAGAAUGGGUUCUGAUAGUAAUUUGGAUUUGUCAGAGAUUGCUUUAGCUAGAGGCUAUGUUGCUGAAGUUGAUAACAGAGGUUAUCAUAAUAAUUUGAGCAGAUACCAGUGUGAACACGGUCCUAUAAGACAAGCAUCAAGUGCGUUUUCAAGACAAUUAUCUGGUAGGUUUUCUGAUGGAAGUGAUCAAGGUUCCUCGAUACCAAAUACUCCAACCAUUUAUGCUGUUGAGUCUCCUCGUUCGUGCCAUCCUUAUGGAACAGUAUUCUCAGAAGGUUCCUUUUACAAAAAGAUAAAGUUUCUAUGUAGUUUUGGAGGUCGAAUACUGCCAAGGCCAAAUGACGGGAAGCUGAGAUAUGUCGGUGGGGAGACACGGAUUAUAUCGAUUGGGAAAAACAUGACACACGAGGAACUUACGGGGAAGACUUAUGGUAUUUGCAAUCAAACCCACAUUAUCAAAUACCAACUCCCUGGAGAGGAUCUUGACGCUCUUAUUUCUGUUUGUUCCGAUGAGGAUCUUCAUCAUAUGAUUGAGGAGUAUGAAGAGCUUGAAAGAGCUGGAGGAUCUCAACGACUUAGGAUUUUUCUCGUAACUUCAAAUGAAUCUGAGAGUCCAAGUUCUAAUGAAUUAAGAGUCAAUCAACAAAGUGACGUCGAUUAUCACUAUGUUGUUGCUGUUAAUGGUAUGCUGGAUCCAAGUCCGCGAAAGAAUUCUAGUGGGAUGAGUUUGGCAAGUCACACAAACCAGUUUGCAAAUACCUCUGAUUACAACAGUCCACAUUUCCAUAGGGAAUCAUCCACAUCUUCAUUUGAUUCAGAAGCAAAGGAUUGCAACCCAACCUCUUCAAAGUUGACAAGCAUAAUGUCAAAACGAGGUCCAUAUUUAACAGCAUUAAAUGUACCAGGAAGGUCAUUUAAUCAAAAGCCUCCAUCUCCCAUCCGCGUACUGCCUAAAGAUCUAAAAAUAUCUAAAGUUCAGUUAUUUAAGGAUCAACCAUAUAAUGUUGCUAAUGAAAACAUUAUUCCCUUUGUCGCAGAAAAAGUUCCAGGUGACAACUCUUUGUAUGUAGACAAUACCAAUUUUGUUAAUCCGAUUGCUUAUUAUAACAAACUUCCUCAAGGGUCUCCAUGUGUGAACUGUCAUCCUAGUAAUCAAUAUACAUUGGAGUCUGACCAUGUCAAGAAGUCUAAUGAUGAGUUUCAUUUUCACAAACGAAGCAAUAGUAAUGAAUUUGUCUCUUCUGCAAUUUGUAAUCAAAGAGAUAUGAUAUUCGAGAGACCUUUAGUUAACAACGAAUUAGGUUCAUACCAUUUUAACAAGAUUGUCUCUUAUCAUCCUCACGAGUCAUCGAGUGUAUUUUCGGUGUCUAAUGACAGAGAUGUAUCUCAGUAUAGAAUGUUGCAUGCACUUUCCGACUCAACACUUCUAGAGAAUAGUGAGAACUACAAAGGCCAAUUGCAAUUUCCGCUUAAUGUUGAGAGAGACAAAUUGUCAUCACUAGAAACUUCGAGUUCUUUGGGAGAAUGUUCGGUACAUCUAGGAGAGAUAAAUGAUGGGAAAGAACGUAUGAUUUUACAUCAAAACUUGCCGACUUUUGGAACAAGCACUAGUUUCAAGAGAUUGUCAGAAAUUGGUACAGAGAACUUACACUGCAAAGAUAAAAACAUUGGUUGGCUCAAUGAAAAAGUUGGAGUUAUGCCAAAACACUUACAACACAUAUACUACCAGCAUGGUGCCUCCUCAUCUUCACCAGAUUUACAAAGCAGUGGAUACAAUGCAUCUGCUGCACCUUUUAUCUCUUCACAGUCCAUUGGAAGUAUGACAGAGCAACCCCAUGGUAUACCAUUAGACACAAUUGCUUAUGAGUUUUCUGUGACGAGCCAAAAUUCAUCAACACACCAAUAUGAUGUGUCGGAGACAAAAGAUGGCCAACCACCUCCCCCUGGCUCUUUUGAAUUACGAUCUACUGAGUCCCAAAUUGACACAGAGUCUACACUAGCUAUCUCAUAUCCAGAUAUGGUUUCUUCUUCACUAAGAGAGGUUGUUGUCCAUGACGACAAUCCUGCAUACUACCAGAACCAAAAGGACGAAAACAUAGUCACUGACAAACGAUAUUAUGAAUACAUUGAUGAAUUUUGCAUCAAUAAGCCAAAAUCAGCAGCAGUUGUCAAAGAGACGGUUGAGUAUAUAUCUUUAGGUAUCCAAUCAUGCUUACAAGCCGUGUCAAAUACAGCGGAAGAGGACAAACACACAUCUCUUGAAAAAGCAGGGGUAUUGUGUGUUAUUCCAGAAUUUGAAAGUAAGCCUCCAAAAGCUGAUAGUGGAAACUUCACUAAGCCUAUGGGUGAUUCAAAAACAUCUGAAAUAGAGUCUGAACUUCAUGGUUUACAGAUUAUUGAGAAUGGUGAUAUCGAAGAACUACAUGAGUUAGGAUCUGGAACCUUUGGAACCGUGUAUCAUGGCAAAUGGAGGGGAACAGAUGUUGCAAUUAAGAGAAUAAAAAAUAGUUGUUUUGCUGGUAGAUUUUCCGAGCAAGAGCGGUUGACUAAAGAUUUUUGGAGAGAGGCAAAGAUUCUAUCAACUCUUCACCAUCCAAAUGUGGUGGCAUUUUACGGAGUAGUUCCAGAUGGCCCAGGUGGAACAUUGGCAACUGUAGCAGAAUAUAUGGUACAUGGAUCACUGAGGAAUGUUCUCUUGAAGAAGGAAAGAGUACUUGACCGUCGUAAAAGGAUCAUGAUUGCAAUGGAUGCAGCCUUUGGCAUGGAAUAUUUGCAUUUGAAAAAUAUUGUUCAUUUUGAUUUGAAGUGUGAUAAUUUACUUGUCAACUUGGGCGAUCCAGAACGACCUGUAUGUAAGGUUGGAGAUUUUGGCCUAUCAAGAAUUAAACGCAACACACUUGUUUCGGGUGGUGUCAGAGGGACCCUUCCAUGGAUGGCACCAGAAUUAUUGGAUGGUAAUAGUUCCAGAGUAUCUGAGAAGGUUGAUAUUUUCUCAUUCGGCAUCACAAUGUGGGAAAUCUUGACCGGAGAAGAACCUUAUGCAAAUAUGCAUUGUGGUGCCAUCAUAGGAGGUAUUGUCAGUAAUACGCUUAGGCCAUCUAUUCCAAAACGUUGUGAUUCUGAGUGGAAAAGGUUGAUGGAAGAGUGUUGGAGUCCUGAUCCUGAAAUCAGACCAUGCUUCACAGAAGUCAAAAAUAGACUUCGUAACAUGUCAGCUGCACUGCAGAAAAAGAGGCCGAAUAUUGGAAACCGGUGAAAGCGUAUUUCAUGUAUAUGAAUGCAAAUAUGAAAGAAAUAUUGUAUGAGUUUUUUCAGUUUGGUAGUAUUGUUUGUAUAAAAGCAUAGCAUAGCAUAG